CUUGCCCUCGCGCCCUUUCCUCGGGAGGAACCGUCUUCAGCCCCUUUGAGGCUCUCGGGUGCACUUCCAUGAUGAUGAGGAGAAGGAUAGGCCGAGAGGCCUUGCGGCCCCUUUGAGGCUCAGCCAGAGGAAGGGCUGGGCAGCAGCAGGAGCUCUCCUAGGCUUCAGGCCCCUCCGCGGAGGCCUUCUUCCAUGUAACGCAGUGGCCCCCAAAGACUGAUCUGGGAUUCUGGGAGCUGGAGUCCAAAGACUGAUGCCAUGUCCAGAUCGACGGAGAGAGCUCUUGUCCCAUCAUAAAAGUGCAUAGAAGCAUAGAGUCGGAAGAGACCCCAAGAAGGGCCCUGACCCAGUCCAAGCCCCUUCUUCUUCCUCUUCUGCCGUGCAGGAACUCUCCGUCAAAGCCUCCCCAUUGGCAGGUGGACCUCCAGCCUCUGCUUAAAGGCCUCCCAGAGUCACUAAGAGAAAGCAGUUGGCCGUAGGAGCUUUCCUAGAGUUUAGUCUACUUGCUCAGAUGCAUUGAUGUAAGCCCCACAGCUCCUGGGCCAGCUGAGCCCCCUGACAGCAGCAUGAGGCGCUCGCCCUUCUCUUCCUCCUCUGGGACAGAGAGAAUCCACCCACAGCAAAGCAGCAAGUAGCCACACUGCUGGUGAGCCAGGGAGAGAGCCAGCCAGGCAGCCCGGAUCCUGCCCACCCGCCUGCCUGGUGCAAGUAGGACUGCGUAGGUGCUGGGGGCAACCGCUGGGGCAAAAAGAAGCUCCAACUCCAGUCCCUGGGGACUGCAGCUACCUCUGGUGUCACACCGCCGCCGUCCUGCCCUUGCAAAUGCUGUGAAAUGGCCAAUGAAAACCACGGCGGCACCAGGGAGGAAGCUGCUCUGAUGAGCCACUCUCCCAGCACCUCCCAUCAGAACCAGCCAAGCUCUCCUAAGCCCAUCCGGCUGGUGCAGGACCUGCCAGAUGAGCUGGUGCAGGCUGGCUGGGAGAAGUGCUGGAGCAAGCGCGAGAACCGGCCAUACUACUUCAACCGCUUCACCAACCAGUCGCUCUGGGAGAUGCCGUUACUGGGGCAGCACGACGUGAUUUCUGACCCUCUUGGCCUGAAUGCUGCUCCGGUUCCUGCAGAAGGGGGUGUCAGCGAUACUGCCUCUGAAAACAAGGUGCAGAAACGGAGGCUUUCUGAGGAGGUUCAGCCCAGUGGCAACAGUGUGAAAAAGCCUAAGGUGGAUGUGCCAGGAAACCCCCCAGCUCAGCCAGCCCCAAACUCCUCUAACACUCCGGGGACUCCUCUGCUGAAGAUGUGGGGCGUCUCUCCUGAAGACAAGCAGACAGCUCUCUUGCGGCCGACGGAGGUGUACUGGGACUUGGACAUCCAGACGAAUGCUGUGAUCAAGCAGCGGGCCCCCUCUGAGGUGCUCAGCCCCCACCCAGAAGUGGAGCUCCUUCGCUCCCAGCUAAUGCUGAAGCUGCGCCAGCAUUACAAGGAACUUUGCCAGCAGCGAGAGGGGAUUGAUCCUCCCCGAGAGUCUUUCAAUCGCUGGAUGCUGGAACGAAAGGUGGUGGACAAAGGGUUGGAUCCUCUGCUCCCAAGCAACUGCGAGCCAGUCGUUUCUCCUUCCAUGUUCAGAGAAAUCAUGAAUGACAUUCCCAUCAGGUUGUCCCGAAUCAAGUUCCGAGAAGAAGCAAAGCGGCUCCUUUUCAAGUAUGCAGAGGCUGCCAAGAGGCUGAUUGAAUCCAGGAGUGCCUCUCCAGACAGCAGGAAAGUGGUGAAGUGGAAUGUGGAGGACACUUUCAGCUGGCUGCGGCGGGACCACUCUGCCUCCAAGGAAGACUAUAUGGACCGCCUAGAACACCUGCGCAAGCAGUGUGGCCCCCAUGUGUCCGCAGCAGCCAGGGACUCUGUAGAAGGCAUCUGCAGCAAGAUCUACCACAUUUCUCUGGAAUACGUUAAGCGCAUUCGCGAGAAGCAUCUGGCCAUCCUCAAGGAGCACAAUAUAUCUGCCGAGGUGGAAACACCUGAGGUACAGGACCGGCUCGUCUACUGCUACCCUGUCCGGUUGGCUGCCUCAUCCCCACCGCUUCCAAAUGUGGAGAUGCAUGUGGAGAACAACGUGGUGUGCGUCCGCUACAAGGGUGAAAUGGUGAAAGUCAGCCGCAACUACUUCAGCAAGCUGUGGCUGCUGUACCGGUACAGCUGCAUUGACGACUCCAGUUUUGAGCGCUUUUUGCCGAGGGUUUGGUGCCUUCUCCGCCGAUACCAGAUGAUGUUUGGCAUUGGGCUCUACGAAGGGACCAGCCUUCAGGGGGCACUCCCAGUACACGUCUUUGAGGCCCUCCACAAGCUCUUCAGUGUCAGCUUUGAGUGCUUUGCAUCCCCCCUGAACUGCUACUUCAAACAGUACUGCUCUGCCUUCCUGGACACAGAUGGCUACUUUGGAUCAAGGGGUCCCUGCCUGGACUUCUUUCCCAUCAGUGGCUCGUUUGAGGCAAACCCUCCCUUUUGUGAGGAGCUGAUGGAUGCCAUGGUGUCCCACUUUGAGAAAUUGCUGGACAUCUCCAGUGAGCCGCUGUCCUUCAUCAUCUUCAUCCCCGAGUGGCGGGAUCCACCCACCCCAGCCUUGACGCGGAUGGAGCAGAGCAAAUUCAAGCGGCACCAGCUCAUCCUGCCUGCCUUCGACCACGAGUACCGCAGUGGCUCCCAGCACGUUUGCAAAAAGGAGGAGAUGUACUACAAAGCUGUGCACAACACCGUGGUCCUUUUCCUGCAAAACGACGCUGGCUUUGCGAAGUGGGAGCCCACGCCGGAGCGGCUGCAAGAGCUGGUCACCGCGUACAAGCACUCGGGACGGACCCUGGCUGCCGCCUCAGCCGCUGCCGCCGCUGCCUCUACCACCGCCUCUUUGUCAUCUUCCUCUUCAGCCUCGGACAAGGACCGAGAGACAGUUAGGGAGCAGAGCAGCAGUGGCGAGACGACAACCCCCAACUAAGCAGCAGUGAACAGUCUGGACUGAUGGGCCGUGGGGUGGGCUGAGGUGGGGUGGGGGAAAGCAGCUGACCCUGAGACACUGGAGUGGGCCGUAUGUCCAGCAGCAUCUCCCUUUCCCUCCAGAUUUGCAGACCCUUGUGGAAGGAGGUGGCAGGCAGACAUACUGCCCUGGCCAACUGGACAGGCGUCUGUAGGAUGACCAUGGUGGUGCCUCCUGUACCCCUCCGCAGUCUCUCAUUGCCACUCCCAGGAGGAACCACCUCUGGCUGCAGCAGAAGCUACGGACCAUAGCAGGAUGGGGCCGCCUGAAGCAGGGAUGCACCUCACAGGCCAGCAUUGCCACAGGAAGAGGAGCUCCCAUCCAAAAAGAAGGAAGGAAGGAAGCCAGUGGCGGUCUGCACGGCAGAGACCCCGCUGUGUGUCUGCCAUGUAAAUACAUGUCCGUGCGUUGGCCGCUCUGCUGCCCUGUCCAGGCUCUUCCCCUGGUGUCCCAGUUGCGUGUUUUCACUGAAGCUCUUUCCUGUAAACCGCAGAGCAGAGGCGAAGUUCCUUCGUGUGUCUCUUGUGUGUACAGAGGUCUUGGCUGCCAUUUUGUAGUCUGUCAUGGUUUUUAUCUGAAGCUCCAGGCUUUCUUGGAGGUUUUUUUUUUAAAGGAUUUAAUUUAACAGUGCUAACCGUUUUAUUACUUUUAUCAAAAAAGAGCAAAGGAAAAGUCUAUUUUUGAUUUUGUUUUCCUAGUUUGAGGGACAUUAAAAACCAGCAUUAUGGUG